CAGGGGGUGGUGGGGGUGGGGGGUGUACUCCCUGUCACAUAUUCUAAUGUGUUUUUCUUCUUGAGUUCGAGGCGGCUUUUGUUUUGGCCUUAAAUCUUUCUGUUAUCAUCUUUGGAUUUGCCUCACUCAACCGUCUGGCUGCUUUUCACCUGCUUCUCUUGUGCGCCUGAGCGUGUAAAGACGCGCAAAUAACUGUCAACUGGCUUCAACCAAACCGGAACGUCUGACAGGAAUUGGAGACGAUCUGGUGAUGGUCCAGCAGCACGAGGCAUGAGCGAGUCAACAACUCGGUCCACAAACUGGAACAGUCCUGACUUGUGAAUAGUUGAUUAUCUGUCUUGGGGAGAAUGACAGCUCCGCCGAACAGACUCCCGCUGUGUCUCCGUCUCACCUGGAUCUUUGUUACACUGGUACAGGGACAUUUUAAGGAUCUGCAAGACUCUUCUAUAACAUCCUUGGCAGAGGAGGAGACCAUCCUACCUUGUUUCUACCAGGUGGACCUGAGUACAGGCGCUACUUUGAUACAGGCCACAUGGUUUAAGGAGAAAACCAAUGGUGAAAAGGAGCAAAUGAUCACUGCACAUUUUACCGAAGGACAGAGUGUGUAUGGGACAUGGGCGAGCCGUGUGAGGUUCAAAAACAGUGACCCCAUCGUGGAUUCGUCUCUCGUCAUUGUUAAUACACAGAUCUCAGAUGAAGGCGACUACAUCUGCCGCAUCAGCACUUUUCCCUCUGGCAACUUUGACAAAAAGCUGUCCCUCACCGUGUGGACUGUUCCCAUCUCCUCCCUGGACCCUGUGGUUAUGGUGGAGGGACAAACCUAUGGUCAAGCCGCUUCCUGUCGCUCUAUAGCUCGUCCGCGUCCUGCACUUUCCUGGGACACGGAGCUAAAUGGUCAGUCUGUCAAUCGCACAACUGACAACGGGGCUGUCACCACCUCCUACUCCCUGUACCCCCUGAGAAACAUGAAUGGCAAGAAACUGAAUUGUCUGGUUUGGCAUCCAACCUCAGUGGGCCCACGUAGGCUCAGGAACAACCUGGUAGUGCACUACCCACCGCAUGCAGAGGUGACCGGCUACAACGGAAAGUGGUACGUGGGUCUGGAAAAUGCUGCCUUGCAUUGUGUGAGUGGUGGAAACCCCAAACCUGAGACUUUCACGUGGAUCAGAUUGGGUGAGACGUUACCAGAGGGCAUGAUCCCCCUCCUUAAUGGAACACUCAUGUUCGGGCGGCCGUUGAGCUCGUCGGAUGCAGGUACCUACCAGUGCACGGCGAAGAACAUAGUGGCAACAGCAAAGGCCGAGGCGGAGGUCCGUGUGUCAGAGACGCCCGUGAACUUGCUCGAAAACCUGCUGAUUUUCAUCGUGGCGGCCGUAGCUGUCGGACUGCUGAUCUUGAUGCUCGUCAUCGUCGUCAUCGUCACUUGCCACCACAAACGCAAGAACAAGAAACUGGAGAAGGAGCUGACUGAGAAAAAGGAUGAAAUCAGCACACUCUCCAGACAAGCGUCCUUCAGAAGAAUGAACUCUGUCAGCACGGACACCAAAGCAGCGACAGAUGAGAACAUCCCCCUGAGGGUGGAGGGGACCCUGAGAACCAGCCUGUCUUCACUCGGGGAGCAGGGUCACUGCCGUGACAGCCGUUCUACAAUCUCAGGUGGGCGUGGUGGAGGUGGAGGAAAUGGAGGAGCAUUUGACUACCUAGGCAGACCAGUGCUGUACAACAACUCACGGAGGAGCAGAGAGAGGCCUCUGGACACAGAUGAAGAGAACCGUCUCCGAGUGGAGACCUACGUGAGAAACAGCAGUAUAUCUUUGCAGGAAACCCGCCUCCACCCGCCACUACUUCCGUCAACUUUCCCGAUGGUACAGUCCACUGAGGUCAUUCGGCAACUGAACGGCAAUGCCAUUGUUCCGGCGGAUGGGGGCUCGCGGCUGGAAAGUGCCACCAAGAACCGGCAACACUCUCCUUUGAGCUGCAGCAGUUACCCUCCGUUAACGGAUGAAGAGGAUGAAGAAGACGAAGGGGUUGGAGGCGUGAUGAGUCCGGCUAGUCAGGAGCUUCCAGAUGACCAAGACAGUGAGACCAAUAGCUCCCAGAUUUCGGAGGUGCACAGUGCAAACUUUCAUCAGACUAACAGCAUGAUUAGACCUAAACUCCUGCCAAAGCCCAAUGUGGUCGGACCUCAUGCCUCACUUAUCCACAAGGCGCAGAUAGUGUAGUACCUAACAUUCAAAACUAAAAGGCAAUCCUCUUGGAGAUGCUUUGAAUCUGGAAGCAAAAGUCAGCACAGGAAGCCAGUAUGUGAAAUCAGUUCCUGGAUCUCCUAUACUACGAUGGAACUCUGCAAUGGAACAAAGUCUUAGGAAAAUAAAUCUUCCCUGAAGUGAUUCCUGGACAAUGACUUUCUGGUCCCCCAGAUUCCAGGGCCAAACAUAGACAACUGGGGCAUUUAAUGCCAUUUUACUCAGCUUUUCUCCUUCUGCCAGGUUGUAAAAAUGUUCCAGUGGAAUUUGUUGGAAGUGAUUUCAUGCAGGAGAAGCAGACAAGACUGUGGGAAAAUGUGCAGAUUGCAGCGAUAGGUGGAUUUUUUUUGCUUUUGUGACGUUUGACGUAUCAGCAGCUGUGCCUGUUUUUAGUCCCUUACACAACAUGGAGCGUGCUUUGGGCUCACAUCCAAACCAUGGGGUUGCUCCCCUUUUGCCACACCUGCAACAUGCAUACCUCCAUGUUCUUCUCCUUCUGCCUAAAGCAACACAGCAAGUUUAAUCGAACUUUUUGACGUGUUGUCAGAAAUGAAUGACUAAUCUGACAUAUGAAAUGUAAAUAUGUACAAUAUACCCCCCCCCCCCCCCCCUUUUUGGUAACAUUUAAAUAUUUUUUUAUAACAAAUGUUGAAAUAUUCAUUGUUUUCUCUUAGCAAGUCUUUAUCAACCUGGUGAGGAACAUCCAAGUAUUUUGGACUCCUUUCUGCAGAGACGUAACAGUAUGAGUUGGACUAUGGGUGCAGUUCCAGGUGUGUCCUUGGAGAAUACUUCAUUUGCAUCGUCCCAGUCCACCCAGCUGAAGUUGGAUACUGUCCAAGUGUUGCGACGCAACUUUCGUAGAUGCCAGAAUGAGAGACAUACCCUCUCUUAUGGCCGGGUGGGCAUGGGCAAAGCAGCAGACGGAAAUAAGUUGCUUCUUAGGGACUGUUUUUUAAAAACAAUAUAACAUCUCAAUACCUAUGAGGUAUUUGCAUUAAUUAAUUACCUGUUUUUAAGACUCGUUCUGACCUAUAUCAGCUUGCUGAAAGGGUGUAUUAUGUGACGUGUUCAACAAAUCACAUGUUGUAUUGGCUUUUUUUUAAAUUACAUGCUUUUGACUAUGAAAAUAUUUUAUAUGCUUUAGGCUGCUGAACAAUGUGUCAUUGUACUGCCCAAUGUUGCUACUACACCUAUUAACUAUACCUCUAAUUAUUUUAAACCAUAUACAUUAGGAGUAGAAGUAGUAAUAGGAGUCAUUAUGAUGAUGAUAAUAACAACAACAACAACAACAAACUAUAUCUUGGUAAAGGACUGUAACAUUACUGGUCUCCUUUGGCAUUGGCUUGAUUUCAAAUUACUCUAGAAAUGUACAUAUAAUUUAGUGUAUUAUACAUUGAAAUUGGUCAACUAUUCAUGGAUAAACUUCUUCCCAUGCAUUCCACACCCUCUACUUGGGCUGAACCAUAUACCUCAUGACAUAAACAGGCUGUGCCAUGUAUUGACAGCGGCCAACUUACUUUUGCGCCAAGCAUUAUUUUAAGUCAGUAUUUUUUUCUGUGUAGCUACAAGUUAAAAUACAACACAUUCCACAGCCUGUUUUUCUGCGCAAAUCAUGGAAUUCAGCCCAGUGUGGUCGAAGGCUGCUGACAUUUCGACCUAGGUGUGUUUAAUUAAUCUUAAUAGAUAGAAAAUUGCACUUGCGUCAUGAUGAAUGCAGUCCUUUUUUUUUUUUUUAAACCAAGAAAUACAUUGACUCUGUAAUUGCACUCAGUUGCAAUAUUGCCACGUGCAGUCGCAUACCCGUGGCUUGGUUGUCCGAUUUAAUGAGGUAAGUAGACUGUACAGAGGGUGGAGCUUCUUAGGCUAAUAAUGUACUGAUCAUGUAGUAAUAAUAAUGAUAACUGCUUUGGGAAAACUGGACUCACAUGUUUGUACUUGUAAAUAUGUAUUUCCAGUAUUGCUCAACUCCACUGCAGCUGUGAUUUACAGGGUGCAAUGUGUCAAAAGAAAAAAAAAAAACCCAAAAUACCAAAAAUCUGUUUUGCUCUCUUGGCAAAUAUGAAGUAUUAUCUUGUGUUCCAUGUGUAUUACAGUUAUUACCAUUUAAUUAAUUGCUGGAACAGUUCAUGUACCAUGUAUUGUUUUCUUGCACGAACAGCUGAGUGCAUCAGCUGAGCAGGCUGGUUUGUUAUACAGCGCCCCCUAGUGUAGUGUUACGUGAAAUGAGUCUACAAACAGCACAGUUGCUUUGAACUACCAGAUUCGACUGUGAUGUUUUAAUUUUUUUUAAUGACCUUCAAAGUGUCUGACUUUUUGAAUGCAGCAUUUUUUUUUAGGGUUUGUUUUGGGUUUGAGUUUUACUGCUGGUUAGAAUUAAAGUUCUAUGUUUUUA